GUUAGGCCGAAAACUAGCAAAUAAGUGCAAAGGCUUGCCACUAGCUGCGAAGACUCUCGGUAGGCACAUGCGUGGCAAGAGAAGUAAAGAAGAGUGGGAGAGGGUUUUGUACAAUAAUUUGUGGGAAGUAGAAGAUAUUGAAAAAGGUCUUUUGGGACCAUUGUUGUUGAGUUAUAAUGAGUUGUCCUUGUCAGAGAAACAAUGUUUCUUAUAUUGUGUUGUCUUCAAGAAAGAUCAUCAAUUCGAUAGACUUGAGUUAAUCAUCCAUUGGAUGGCACAAGGAUAUAUCAACUUAAAAGGAAAUACGGAGAUGGAAGAUACAGCAGAAGAGUACUUUCAAAAAUUAGCUAUGUGUUCUUUUUUCCAAGAUUUUAAAAAAGAUGAGAAUGAUGGUAGAAUAACAAGUUGCAAAAUGCAUGAUAUUGUGCAUGACUUUGCAUAGUCAAUGACAAAAGAAGUAUGCUUCACAAUCAAAGGUAAUGAAGAGGUUAAGAGAAACUUUAAAAGGGCUCGACAGUUGUUAUUAAUAGUUGAAGAAACAUUUCUUGAGUCUAUCUAUGAAGCGAAAAAUCUACGCACUCUCUUUCUUCUUUCUCAUGAAAGGGACUAUGAGUUUAACAUGCACCUAUCCAACUCAUGCCAUCAUUUUAGAUGUUUACGAACAUUAAUUUUGGAUUGCCCAUUUACGAAACUCCCGGAUGCGGUGAAAAAUUUGAUACAUUUAAGGUGUCUCCAUAUGUGUCGGAAUGUUAAAAUAGAAGAAUUGCCUGAAACCUUAUGUAAUCUUUGUAAUUUGCAAACUUUGAAUAUUGAUAAUGGUGAAUAUUUCAAGAAAUUACCACAAGGGAUUGGUAAACUAAUUAAUUUAAGACAACUUAGAUUUCAUACAAAUCAUCGCUGGUACAAACUAAAAUUUCCAAAUGGGAUUGGGAAAUUGACUUGUCUUAGAACAUUAAGUGUUUUCAACAUAGGUGUUAAGGAUGAUAAAGAAGGAUGUAAACUUGGAGAAUUAAAAAAUUUGAACCAACUUCGAGGGAGCUUUAAAAUGCAUGGGUUGGGAAAUGUGGUAGAUGUAGGGGAGGCCCAGAAUGCACGGUUGAAGAAGAAGAUACAUCUCCACGAUUUGGAACUAGAUUUUUACGUUGAAGAUCAAUUCCAAGAGAAAGGGGAAGAGAGUAGAAGAAGAAUAGAGAGUGAUUUAGCAGUUUUGAAUGCCUUAGAACCACCUUCACACUUGGAAAAAUUAUCAAUUAAGAGCUUCAUUGGCACCACAGUGUAUACUAAUUGGAUGACGUCCUUGACCAAUUUGAAAAGUCUUCAUAUCGAUGGGUGCUGGCAGUGGCAGCUAGAGUGUUUGCCACCUUUGGGGAAGUUGCAGGAAUUAAACAUUCUUGGCUGUUCAAUUCUCGAGCAACGUUGUGAAAGAGAGAUAGGAGAUUACUGGCCCAUUAUUUCUCACAUCCCAACAAUCAACAUGUCGUAAAGUAACGAUCAACCCCAGUUUGGUUCAAACAAUCUAUCAGAGUAUGAGGAGGAUGGGGCUGAGGAUGAGGCGGAUGAACAAGUGGAAGUAGACAUUGAUGAGGGGGAUUCGGGAAGAGGACUAAUACAUAUUAUGAGAUUGGGUUGUAAGAGCAAGCAAGGGGUCAUGAAUUUUAGCUACAAGUAGAGUUUUUUUGAAUGAUGAUACUGAUAGAGAAGAGGAAUAUAAAGCCUCUUUUUUAAAGCUUGGGGUGACCUUAAAUCUCCCUUUUGCAACAUUAUAUUUACUCUUACGUUAGAGCCAAAAGGGUCAAUUCCUCCCCAGCCUCACAGUGCAGUGAAAUCAAUUUAAAUGGUGAAAGAGCUUGAUGUAAAGAUGAUUUUGACAUCAUAACGACCACAUCCAGUACCUGCAAUACUGUUCAUGUUGCAGUUGAAAAUCAUAUCAACUUUGGGAUUUGUGCUUUAAUGAUGAUAGUGUUUGACACAAAUUUGAAAUUGGAUGUCAAAAGAAUGGAUGAUCCAAAUGGUGUUGACUAAAGAGGCCUUUGCGCUCACAUGAGGAGGAUACGGAACUUUUGUUCUUGAAAUACAUUUUCUUUGACACCAAAGGUUUGGAGAUUAAUCAGAUCAACUUGUCUAUUCAUUCGUAAAUCCAGAUCUAAUUGUACACUAUUGCGUCUUCUUUUGCCCAUAUCUGGAAUUGAAAAUUAUUACCAUCUCAUGUUCACUCAGGUUUGCAUAAUUAAAGGAUGCAGAACCCAGAAAAUGGCUUCUAUGAUUUUUGAGGAAAUUAAGAGGGGAGGGCUUACAGUUGAGUUAGAAAUACCGAAGACAAUUGAUAAUGGCAUUCCAGUACUCCUCAAGGCAUG